AUGCCGCCACCCUUCGGAGGGCAUGCCUUCACAAAGGCAUUUAGUCUAUUUAAAGACAUCCUGCUUAGCGCGGGCCCCAGCCUCCUCGCACGUGCGUCAAGUGUCCUGCGCCCGCCGACCUGUCAAUUACUGUCACCCGCACCUAUCACAGCACUAGCAACAUCGGAACUGAUAGCUGAACCCGCCGACGUUUCUCUCGGA